CAGACUCGCGGCUCUCCGCUGUCAGGGCAAGGCAGACUGACAGUAUGGCGGCGGGGUGCAGCUGGAAGGAUGCUACUGUCGCCCGUGAUGUGUCUAUCGCCGGCAGGACGUAAAUGGACUAUUGACGGCGAAAAGAGAAGAGGAUUUAGCGAGAAAGGCCUGUCGCCGUGAGCUCCCAAGAUGGCCAGACUCGCCGACUACUUUGUUGUGGUCGGUUACGACCUCGACAAGCGAGUGGAGGGUGAAGGUCAAGGUCGCAUUCUCCAGCGGUUUCCUGAGAAAGACUGGGAGGACAGCCCGUUCCCACAAGGCAUAGAGUUGUUCUGCCAGCCCAGCGGUUGGCAGCUGGUUCCUGAGCGGCAGCCUGCCUCCUUCUUUGUAGCGGUUUUGACUGACAUCAACUCGGAGCGUCACUACUGUGCCUGCUUCACCUUCUGGGAGAGCCUAGACAACCCACAGCUGCAGAAGGCUGAAGCCAGCGAGGCAGAUGAAGCAGAUGAGGAGCUGGCUGUCAUCCAACCAACUAAGGUCUUCGGCCCAAAGAGCCUGGUGCUGGUGUCCCGUCUGGAUUACACUGAGGUGUUCAGGAACUGUCUGGGUCUGAUCUACACCGUCCAUGUAGAUGGACUGUCUGUCCCCUUGGAAACAGUGAUCGGAAAUCUCCUCACCUGUGUCAUCCCCAUCGCUGGAGGCUCCCAGAUAGAUGAAUCCCCAGUUUGUAGUUUAGACAAAGUUCCUCAGGCCCUGGCCUGUGAAUGGCUGCUGGCCUGUCUCCAGCCGGGCCUGGAGGAGAAAGAGGAGAGUUUGAGGACUAUAACAUUAGGCGCUGGCGACCGGCAAGUUAUCCAGACUCCCAUCAACGACUCCCUUCCUAUCAGUGGCAGCAGCGUGGCCCAACUCUUCAGACAGCUCGGUAUCAUCAACGUGCUGUAUCUGUUCUGUGCAGCCCUGACGGAGCAUAAAAUCUUGUUCCUCUCCAGCAGUUACCAGAGGCUAACAGAUGCCUGCCGAGGACUGCUGGCCAUCAUGUUCCCCCUCAAAUACAGUUUCACUUAUGUUCCCAUCUUACCGGGAAAACUCCUAGAGGUCCUGAGCACGCCCACCCCCUUCAUCAUUGGUGUCAAUUCAUUCUUCCGCUCUGAGACACAAGAACUGUUGGAUGUGAUCAUCGCUGACCUGGACGGAGGCACGGUCACCAUCCCUGAGUGUGUCCACAUCUCCCUGCUACCUGAACCUCUCCUACAGCAGACCCAGACUGCACUCUCCAUGGUGUUGGAUCCAGAGCUGGAAGUUGCUGAUCAUGCCUUCCCCCCACAGUCCACACAACCUUCUGCACUCAAGAUCCAGGAUAAGGAGAUCCGAGGUGUCUUCCUGUGGCUGUUCGCUCGGCUCUUCCAGGGCUACCGCUGGUGUUUACAUAUCAUUCGCAUUCACCCUGAACCUGUGAUCCGCUUCCAUAAGGCUGCCUUCCUGGGCCAGAGGGCGCUGACUGAGGAUGACUUCCUCAUGAAGGUGUUGGACGGCAUGGCGUUUGCAGGCUUCGUGUCAGAGAGGGGGCCUCCCUACAGGGCCACUGACCUGUUUGAUGAUCUGGUAGCCAACGAGGUGGAGCGGAUACGACAAGAGGAGGCCUGUCCACACAAAGUCAUGAACCAUGUCAAGGAGCUUGCAGAGCAGCUCUUCAAAAACGAGAACCCCUACCCUGCUGUGGCCAUGCACAAAGUCCAGCGGCCAUCAGAAAACAGCCAGACCUCCACACAGAACCAGACAGCCUUUCCGGUGCUGGACGACGUUGCGGUGCAGCUCUUCAUCGAUCACGCUGCUGCCAAGCUCAAGACUGCUCCUCCUGUAGUUAAGGCAGAGGUCAAGGGCAUGGUGCCAUCAGGCCCUCCACUGGGGGAUAUUGUGGACAGAAAUGGCAACGUGAUGGCUAACAGCGCACGCAGGCUGGAGGUGGUUAGGAACUGCAUCACGUACAUCUUUGAGAACAAAAUGCUGGAGGCCAAGAAGUUAAUGCCAGCCGUACUGCGUGCAUUGAAGGGUCGGGCAGCCCGGGUUUGUUUGACCCAGGAGCUCAAUCAGCACGUCCUACAGAACCGAGCGGUGCUGGAUGACCAACAGUUUGACUACAUCGUCCGCAUGAUGAACUGCACCUUACAGGACUGUUCUCAUAUGGAUGAACAUGGUAUUGCAGCCGCCCUCCUUCCACUGGUCACAGCCUUCUGCAGAAAAAUGGGAGCAGGCAUCACUCAGUUUGCCUACAGCUGCGUACAAGAGCACAUGGUGUGGACCACCAUGCAGUUCUGGGAGGCGAUGUUCUACAGCGAUGUCCAGAACCACAUUAGGGCUCUGUACCUGGAGACGGAAGAUGGAGAUCAGCAGAACAACUCUGAGCAGCAGGACGGGUCAGGCAACGGAAGGGAAAUCAGCGCCCUGGAGCUGGCCUCAGAGCAGAGCCGCCUGUGGCCGACGCUCAGCAAGGAAAUGCAGACAGAGCGUGUGCAGAAGGAGGAGAGCACUGUGUUCAGCCAGGCCAUCCACUACGCCAACAGGAUGAGCUACCUGCUGCUGCCGCUGGACACCAGCAAGAACCGCCUGCUGAGGAGUUCUGGUCUCGGAGAUGUGGAGAGCGUCAGCAACAGCUACGUCACAAACAGUAUUGCAGGCAGCAUGGCAGAGAGCUACGACACAGAGAGUGGCUUUGAAGAUGCUGAGAGCUCAGAUGUGGCCAACUCUGUGGUGCGCUUCAUCAACCGCUUUGUAGAUAAAGUGUGUAAUGAGAGCGGCGUGACCAACGACCACCUUAAGGCUCUCCACACCAUGAUACCAGAUAUUGUUCAGAUGCACAUCGAGACGUUAGACGCAGUCCACAGGGAGAGUAAGAGAUUGCCUCCGAUCCAAAAGCCCAAGCUGCUGAGGCCGACUUUGUUGCCUGGUGAGGAGCUGGUGAUGGACGGCAUGCGAGUCCAUCUCAUCCCUGAUGGUCGUGAGGAGGCCACAGGGCUGAUGGGAGGUCCACCUCUACUACCCGCCGAGGGCGCCAUCUUUCUCACUACCUACCGCCUCAUUUUCAAGGGCACGCCUACCGACCCGCUGGUGGGUGAGCAGGUUGUGACUCGCUCCUUCCCCAUCGCCUCUCUGACCAAGGAGAAGAGGAUCUCUGUUACAUUAACCAUGGAUCAGUUUGUCCAAGAGGGGCUCCAGCUACGAUCCUGCACCUUCCAGCUAAUGAAGAUCGCAUUUGAUGAGGAGGUUGCAUCAGACCUGGCUGAGGUUUUCAGGAAGCAUGUUCACAAGCUGCGUUAUCCUCAGCAUGUCCAGGGCACCUUCGCCUUUACAGUGGGUCAGUGUGGCAAGAUGGUGGUGGAGCACAAGAACAAGGACAAGAACCAGUCGCUCAAGACACUUUCUAAAAACCUGGUGAAAACUGCGAAGAGGACCAUUGGCCGGCAGUAUGUGACCAGGAAGAAGUAUUCUCCUCCUACCUGGGAGAACAGGAGCAGCUUCCAGUCGGAGCUCGAUGAGGACGAAAUCUCAGUGUCAGAGGAGGUGGAACAGAGCACCCUCACCCUCUCCUCCACCAUCCGCUCAUCAGACAGGCAGACCAUGAGCAACGUUGUGGAGCGGGCCUGUUGUCGUGACUACCAGCGUUUGGGUCUGGGCACGCUCAGUAACAGCCUGACACGUUCUAAGAACGAGCCUUUCAGGAUUUCCACUGUUAACCGCAUGUACACCGUCUGCAGGAGCUACCCUGGCCUCCUCAUCGUCCCUCAGAGCAUCCCAGACACCACCAUCCAGAGAAUCUCCCGCUGCUACCGACAAAACCGCUUCCCUGUGGUGUGCUGGAGGAAUUCACGGACCAAGGCUGUCCUGCUGCGCUCAGCAGGCCUCCAUGCUAAAGGGGUGGUGGGCUUCUUCAAGUCCCCCAACGCUUCUACUGCAGUGCCCUCCCAGGCAGAUUCCACCAGUCUGGAGCAGGAGAAGUACAUGCAGGCCAUCAUCAGCUCUAUGCCUUCUUACAGUGAGAGCAGCGGCAGGAACACACUGAGCGGCUUCACCUCCAUACAGAUGAACAACUCUGACUUUUCAGAUAAGCUGAGGCAGCCCAAGAUCGGAGCUCUGAUGAAGCAGGUGAUGGGCUCCAAGGAUGACGUUCCUGGAACCUUCAGCAGAGGAGCUCUGGGUCAAAGGGCGAAAGUCAUCUCCCUCUCUCAGCCCAAAGUGUCUGGCAAGGCCAGGAACCCUCCUAGAGGUAAAUGGGGCAGUAUCCGAGGCAGUGGGCGUCUAAGUGCCUACAACCCAGAUGUGGGGACACGUCUGGCUGGAAAAGAGUCUCCACAACCCAACGGAGGGCCUAGUGAGGCUCUGUUCCUCCGCCAGCAGAAGGCCUACCUCUACAUCAUUGGGGACAAGGCCCAGCUCAAGGGAGGCAAACAGGACUCGUUCCAGCAGUGGGAGGUGGUCCCCAUUGAAGUGUGUGACGUUCGGCAGGUGAAGAACAGCUUCAAGAAGCUGAUGAAGGCCUGCGUGCCGAGCUCUUCCACCUCUGACCCCAACAUGAGCUUCCUGCGCUGCCUGGAGGACUCUGAGUGGAUGGCGUUGCUGCACAGGGUGCUGCAGGUGUCCGUCCUGGUGGUGGAGCUUCUGGAUACGGGCUCGUCAGUCAUGGUCAGUCUGGAGGACGGCUGGGACGUCACUACACAGGUGGUGUCCCUGGUGCAGCUGCUGUCUGAUCCCUACUACAGAACCUUUGACGGUUUCCGGCUGCUGGUGGAGAAGGAGUGGCUGUCGUUUGGUCACAGGUUCAGUCACCGGGGAGCCCAGACUCUGGGCAGCCAGAGCAGCGGUUUCACCCCCGUCUUCCUGCAGUUCCUGGACUGUGUACAUCAGAUCCACCUCCAGUUCCCCAUGGAGUUUGAGUUCAGUCAGUACUACCUGAAGUUCUUGGCCUACCACUAUGUGUCCAACCGCUUCCGCACAUUCCUGCUCGACUCAGACUAUGAGCGCAUUGAGCUGGGGGUGCUGUAUGAGGAAAAAGGAGAGAGGAAGAGUCCUCAGGUGUGCAAGUCUGUGUGGGAUUACAUCGACAGACUCAACAAGAAAACACCUGUUUUCUACAACUACAUGUUCUCUCCUGAAGACGACGAGGUGCUGCGACCGUACACCUUCAUCUCCAACCUGAAGGUCUGGGACUUUUACAUGGAGGAGACUCUGUCAGAGGGGCCCUCAUACGACUGGGAGCUGAGGGGCCGGCAGGAGCGAGUGGCCGAGGAGAUGGCUGAUAAACCUGAAACCACUGGCCCUAAGUCACAGCGGCGCAUUGUGUGGCCGUGUUAUGACAGCCUGAGUAAGGUGGUGCCCGACGCCAUCACCAAGCUGCUGCAGGACCUGCAGAGUCUGGAAGCUGAGCUCGGACAGACAUCAGAGAAGUGGAAAGACACGUGGGACAAAAUCAAGACCACGCAGAGAACUGAGACCAAACUGGAGAGCAAGCCGUCGUUCUCCAGCUCCCUCCUGAUGUCGUCCAACCUGAGCCAUCAGCGGCGUUCUCAAGGCGUCUACUUGCAGGAGAGCGGUGUGGGCUCCUCCAUCAACCUGGCUCUGGACUGCGAGGCCAGCGCCACUUCCACGCCUGUCGCAGGCCGGCCGAGCACCAGCACGCUCUAUAGCCAGUUCCAGAGCACCGAGAGCGAGAACAGGAGUUUUGAAGGCAUUUUGUUCAAGAAAGGGGCGUUGUUGAAACCAUGGAAACCACGGUGGUUUGUGUUGGAUAAGACCAAGCAUCAGCUGAGAUACUACGAGACCAGACAGGACAAGGAGUGUAAAGGAGUGAUCGAGCUGGCCGAUGUGGAGUCUGUCACAGCAGGGACGCCUGCCAUGGGAGCACCCAAAAACAUCGAGGAGAAAGCCUUCUUUGAUCUCAAGACGACCAAACGAGUGUACAACUUCUGUGCCCAGGACAGCCUGAACGCACAGCUGUGGAUGGACAGUGUUCAGAGCUGCCUGUCAGAUGCCUAAAGAGGAGGCGGGACUCUCUGAGGAGCAGAAGCAACCUUGAACGAAUGAGCAGUGCUGUGGCACCUGAUGGACAUCUCUGCUGGCCAGCCCCAGCAGGACAGGGAGGGGAAGGGGCCUUUCACCACUUAAGCUCUGUUCUGUUCUCUAGUGUUGAACUCAUAACCUGCGUCACAACGUUUCAGUGUUUUUGUUAUAAAAAAUGAGAAAGAAGAAAAAAAAACGUCCCAGAAGAACCACUGGCUGCAGCAGUCUGACCACUAUGACCACGCUGGACGUCUGUAUGCUCGUCAAAGCUCGUUGCUGCGUUUCUGUGAGGCGUCCUGCAGCUUGGCCCAGCAUGAAGAUCCUUCCAGACCCUCCACCUGUAAACCUCCACCCACUCUCCCUACGACUAACCGCUGGCCCUUAACAACACUUUGGGGAGGAAUGACGGAGGAGCUGGUCAGACGGCUCCAGAAAAGGAUCUAAAAGACCAGCUGGUGGGUCGACGGACCAAAACUAGCCUUGAGGAACGGAAAGGCCCUCGGAGGCUUCUGCUCUUCGCCUCUCACUGCCUGAUGGAGCCUCAGUUAUCCAGAGGAGGAGCUCAUCAACGGUUCAUGAAGGAUUUUCUUUUAUUUUCCUUUUUCAAAAGUCUCAAAUUUGUUCCAGAAAGAGAUCAACGCUCGUCAGCUGUCCUCAACAGGCGGCGACAUACUGUGAAAGCCAUGAAUCAGUGGUAGAGAUGAAACCAGGAGAGCCGGUGGGAGAUUAGAGCCCGUCAGGUGUUGAGAGUGUCGGUGAACUUUCACUGAGAGUGUUUACAAAGUAGAAGAAUUUCCCUCACGUUUCUAACAACCACUAGAACAGCUACGUUUCUCCACUUCACACUUUUAAGGGAUGCUGAAGGAAACAGGAGGGAUUUAUUUAGUAAUGAUGUCAUAAAACAAUCUAUAGAAGGAGAUGUGGAAGGUUUAGAGGAGGGAUACUAAUGAACAGUGAUAUUUUGGGAUGCUUCAGAGAGACUACAGUUAUUAGAGAUGGACACGGACUCACCGAGUGUUGGAAACAGGAUGUUUGUUAAAGGAAAAUUCUGCUGUUUUUAACUGUCACUCUGUCUGCUAACAUUGUAGAAGUGGACUGAUCGGACCGAUAGCAGCCAUCAGUAAAAUCACUGUAUGCUGACCAGGCUGUAACUGCUUGAUCCAAUCGAAGCCUUUCUAACACACAAAUCAAUUUAAAUGCUUCUCCCUUGAGCUCAUGUUUAGCUACUGUUGCUAUUUAGCAACAGUAGCUAAACAGCAACAGUUUGAUUAGUGAACCAGGGUUGGUUAACCGGCUAGUAAACGACAUUUCUGUGCAGAAAUCACGCUGUCAGUGUCAUAUAGGAGCAGCUUCUACUUCAGGCCUACCUGGUAGACGCUUUGGUUGCUGUGUGGGUGACGGACAUGAUAGCUAAUGCUAAUGCUAAUGCUGCAGCAGAUGAACAGGUAGCUAGUCUGGUUAACCAGCUGGUUAGCUGCAGUAGCUAAUCCCUGAAGCCUCGUUUUUUUGGGGGGUUCAGUCUAGCCUUUCAGAAGACUUCUAUAAAAUCUACCAGAUUUGCUCCCUUGGUCCUGAUUCACACUAACUGUCCUGUAAAACUAGCACCUCCAACACUUCACAGGCCGACUAAAACAGUUUCAUUAGAGCAAUGCGUUGCUGUGUAGCUGAUCCCUGAACCUGGACUCACUACAGGAGGUUUGGGGUGACUCCCAGCAGUCAGAGGAUGAAUCUGGUCUGAACCACAUUAUCUUGUAAUGUGGGGCUUCAUAGAUCAGUCUGGAACCUCCUGAACUGCUCAGACUCCUCAUAGUAUCACACGUCUUUAACAUUUGUGAGUAAAUCAGAUUGUUACAGGAGUGCUAGGAGCUAAACCCUGAACAUUUCAGCUACAGGUAAUAAAGCUGACAGUUCAAAUUUCACCUCCGUUUCUCACUGAAAAACUACAUUUGUUUACCACAUCUCAGAAACCUUUUAGCCUUCUGCAGUUGCUCUUUCUAACUGCAGAUUAUUGUUAACAUUUAAUCAGGUUGUUGCUCCGUAGAGCUCAUUUUAUUUACAUCUGCUGCUCCCUGAUUCUAACAGCAGUCUGAACACCCUGUAUUAUGGGAUGGACUCUGGUUUUGAACCUUGCAUAUGUUCAGUCUGAGAUUAGAGAGUUUCUCCUCCUGCAGUGUGAGUCUGACCUAAGAAAGGCUGAGUUCGUAGUAGAAGGUCCUGAACCCUUGAAGGAACUUUCAUUUCUUCUGAUUUGCGUUCUAGACUAAUGAGAGGUUGAGAAACAGCACAGUUUUCCUUUAAUGGCGCUGGCUUGGUGGACGUCAUGUGGAGCAGUUCCAUCACAUCCUCUGGUGUCUCAGCUUGAACCAGACGGAGCUCCUGUUUCUGCUGAAGCUUGUACAUAGACCAGUGUCCAUCUGUUAGCAGAGGAUCCGUACGUUUAGCUGGAAGCUUUCAAACUUCAGGUCACUAGUUUCUGUCAAUGGUUUGUCCAGCUGCCCCUCCACUCCUCCCCUCACUAAACCACUCUGACCCCACAUUAACAAACCCUGCUCUGUAAAAUACGGUUCUACUGCUGUCUUUGAACAUAAAAUUUGAAAUUGUAGAUUUUUUUGUGUCUAAUAACUCCUUUGUAUAUACUACUCCAGAUUUGUAUGUAACGUUUAUGGUAGUAAUUUAUUUAACUUGUCUCCUCAGUAAAGAAAGUUCCUCAAGCACCACUUUAUUUUUAAAUUAGGAAUUCAAUGUGCCAUUUGUUUAUUUCUGUAUUAAUGUGACUAAUGCUUUUUCUUUUUUUUUUUUUUGAAAAUGUACAAGUAAACCCUUGAUGUCGUCUUCUUUUUUUGUAAGCACGGUUGUCCUUACACAACACAAACCGUUAAUGCAAGAGUGGAAAUGGUGUGUUAGUGGCAGACGGCUGCUUUUAAAGCUUGGAUUUUACUGUGUUGCUCACCCACAGCGCUGGGAUGUUCUGGAUGGAGACGACAGUCCAAAUAAAUGUCAGACAUGUCAAAUGUUCCUGCUGCUGGCUUCUGCUGAUUGGCCUGAUGUUGGUUUGAUGCACCGCUGUGGCUCCAGCAAUAAUCAGAUGGAAAACAUUAAACAUGUAAAAUUAUCAAUCUAUUGGGAUAUAUUUUGAUGAACCGGUUAAAAGUACAAGAAAACGAGCAAAUACUCCCAUUUGGUGCCUUUUAGUUGCUGACUUCGCUCAGAGGGAAGCCACUAAACUCUUCCUGCAAAUCAUUCUUCCAUGGUAUUCUAAUAAAAUAGAAAUUUCUUUCAAUUUCCUUAAAUUUAGUCUGUUCUGCUUCUCACUGAACAUUUACCCAAUUACACUACCAAGCAAAAGUUUGGGACCACCUAUAAAUGUCCUUAUUUUUUCAAACAAAAGCAUUUUUUUUCAUUGAAGAUAGCAUUAAAUGAAUGAUAAAUCCAGUGUAGACAUUGUUAAUGUGGUAAAUGACUGUUCUAACUGGAAACGGCUGAUUUUUAAUGGAAUAUCUCUAUAGGGGUACAGAGGAACAUUUCCAGCAACCAUCCUUCCUGUGUUCUAAUGCUACAUUGUGUUAGCUAAUGGUGUUGAAAGACUCACUGAUGAUUAGAAAAUUAGAACAAGAAUGUGAGUCUUCAUGGUGAACAUGAAAUUAUCUGGAUGACCCCAAAUUUACGGGCAUCAAAAAAUAUUGUUUCCUUGUCUGAAAAAAAAUCCAAAAAUUCAGCAAAAAAUUCCCCAAAUUUCUAAAAAUUUGCAAAACUUACAGGAAGACAAUUCCAAUAAUUCCUUAAAAGUUCCAUUUUUAAAAAAAAAAAUCUCCCAAAUGGGGCAAGAAAAUUCUUAUAAAUAUUUUCAAAAAAUGAGUAAAAAUCUUCCAAAACUAAUUCCUAAAAAUAUCAAGUCAUCCCAUAUAUAUCAUUAAAACUUCUAAUAUUUUCUUUAAGAAGAUAAAAAUCAACCAAAAUCCAGCAAACUUCGCUGGAUUUUGGUUGAUUUUUUUUUUUAUGAUGUUCUUAAACAUUUUUAACAUUUCUUUUUUUCCAUCGAAAAAUGUUCAAAGAUUUCCCAAAAAUGUUGAAAAUGUGGACAUCAGAAGUUUCCCACAUUUUCAGACAGGUUAAUUUUGACCAGCAGGACGACACGAGGGUUAAAGCAUCACUGCUUUAUAGAGUUUUCUGAAGGUCAGCUGAGCAACAGAAAUAAAAGUCCAACAUUCCGUUCACACUAGAUUCAGGCGACCUUCUGCUUCUUAAAAUAAUCUUCCCCUGAGGAACAGCAGCAGUCUCUGCAGCGUCUGAACUGUGGGAACGCUCUGCGUGUGGUUGUGUUUAGACUGCAGUCCACAUCCAGUCAGCCCAGCUCACCUUUUCACUCUGGUUUACUCAUCUCUCUGUGGUAACGCUCUACAGCACACAACAUUAACCACAACAAUACCACAUAAUCCUUUUUAUUUAUUUGUUCUUUUUUGUUUUUCUUUUUUAGAAAUGACCUUCUGAGCCGGGUUAUGUUGUCAAUCAUGUCAAUAUAGUUUUUAGAAACCAAAUAAAAACUGUGGUUUUAAAUGUU